AUGUCAGUGCUGUCACCGCCAGAUGCAAGAAAAUUGAUCGAAGCCCUUCUUGGCGAUUUACGGCAGUUGUCCACGGAAGCAAAAAAGAAGCAUAACCAUGUAAAAGAGGCUGCCGAAUCAGGCGUUGUUCGAGUGCGAAACAUCAGUACUGCGUCUGGAGAAGGGAACCUUCUCACUAAUUUGCGUGUGGCGUCAAACGAGUUGCUUCAUCCUCUAAUUCUUGCCUGUGCCACUCGGCAAACUAGACUUGUUCAGAUAGCCUUGCUGAGCAUACAGAGACUUGUUCAACAUCGUGUUCUUGAAAGUUGUGCCAAUGUUGUGGUGUCUGAGCUAUGGGGAUUAGUGGAAGCGGAGUGCGAAGAAUUGCGUGUACUUCAAACUGUCCCCCCACUGGUUUCUGCUGAUUUGUUGGUUACGGGAAACACUCUUGCUAAGUGCAUCGUCAUGUGCUUUCGUAUGCAUUUCUCCAAAGAUCCUGUAGUCAUCAACGCUGCUUCAGCUGCGGUCCGGCAGUUGGUUGGCUGCGUUUUUGAACGCGUAAUCCAAGAAGAUGGUGUUUUCAAUACGGAGCUAACUGUGGUGGCUUCUCAGGGUGGGCGAUCUUUGUCCAAGUCUGCUCCUCCAACUUUAAGACCAUGCGCUGCCGACGCUUAUCUCUUGUUUAAGGAUUUGUGUCUGCUUAUUAAUGCAAAGCCCAGUGUUUGGUUAGUUGGCAUUCACGAGAUGACUAGGACUCUCGGACUGGAGCUAAUUGAAUCGAUCUUAAAAAGCUAUCCAAGCGUGUUUUUUAAGCACCAAGAAUUUUGUGAUCUUUUGAAGUCUGAAGUUUGUCCUCUCGUUAUAAAGUUGUUCUCUCCGAGCCUAAAGUCUACGCAGGUUUCAUCACAACAUGUGUCAUCACGUCCAUCUUCAAUUAUUAAUUCACCAAAUGAUCGACCGUACUUCCCUAUUGCAAUGCGCCUAGUGCGAAUUAUCCUUUGUAUUAUUACGCUUUAUCAUCACUUGUUACCUACGGAAUGUGAGAUAUUUCUUUCUUCACUAGUAAAAUUUGUGGACGUUGAUCGUAGGGGAUGGCAACGUGCACUUUCAUUGGAAGCACUUCACAGGAUUAUUAUUCGACAGGACAUCGUAAGAUGGUUGUGUGAAAAUUUCGACGCUCGGUCUAAUUCUGCCAAAGUUUUGGAACAGUUAUCACACUGUAUUUUCUGUGUCAUUCAACAAAUCGACUGUUAUAUAGUAUCUGAGUCAGAUAUGGAACCAGAUGCUGUUCAACCAAAAGGAGCAUCAGGUUUCUACUUUUGUAAUGUAUGGUAUCCGCAUGUGGAACAAUUAUCAGCCAAAAAAUCCAUCUUAUUGGACAGUCUGGAAAAACACGAAGCUGGAGUUUUGCCUGACGGAUACGUAGUAUCACGAGCUGCUUCUGUAUUAACUGAUUUUGUUCAAGCGGUUAACGCAGCUGUGGAUGCUAUCACUAUACAAGACAAAAACAACAGCAACCAUAUUGCUAAGACAAUUUUCGCCAGCUGCCAACCGAAUUUGCUUUGCGGGUUAAGCUUUCUGCUUUCUGCAAGUACGGAUGAGACGGUAACAGACCAGCUUCUCUGUGGAUUAUCUACACUGGUGUCAGUUGGUUGCAAACUGAAGGUUGUUCCUGCAAGUCUCAAUUGUCUGUUCGUGCUAUGUUGUACUUGUCUACCUUCUGCAACUUACUUGAGUUCAUACGCAGCAGUAGAGACACCACAGUGUGAUGGACCGUUACCCGAAUUGGUGUUUGAUUCUCCAUCUUCGUUACAGGAGGUGGUGGUUUCGGGUACUCCUUGUCCGUCUCCUUUGGUACCACCGGAUAAGUGGAAUGACCAAGUAACGUUGACAUCACGUAAUUUGCAAGCGUCUCGUAUUCUUCUCAGUUCUAUUUGUGGUCACGCCUCAACGUUGGAUGAACUUUGGUACUUUUGCUUAUUAACUUGUCAGCACAUUGCUUGGCUGCUCGGGAUACGGCCUUCUGCUACGGGUACAUUUUCUUGCGAGAAGACGGAAAUCGACCAGCAAGGUCACAUUUCCUUGAUAAAAUGCGUUUCGCGGACUGAAUUUAAUAUUAAGGCUGCUUUGUUCGAUAAAGUCGCGUGUGUCUCUGUCUCUCUUUCGGACGGAUCCUUCUUGACAGCAUUGGAACUUAGGUUAUCUGAUGAAAAUAUUGCCGUGGCAGCGACUGGGCGAGAAUCUUCGUUGUACCCCAUUGCAAUGCUACUUCGAUUAUCAUGCCUGAACCUCCACCGACAGCAAGUGUUUUGGGACCACGUUACUGCACAUUUUGUUAAGAUUUGUGGUCACACAACCGCUUCUUUACGUGAUUGGGCUGCGGUUGCACUCUCUAGCAUUAUUAAGCAGGCUUUUAAGGCGAAAACGAGCAUGACCGAGGCGGUGGGUGGUCAGAUUGAAUCUAUGAAUCUGCUCACACUUACUACGUUGCGUUUAAUGUGUUCGAUUCACCAUUCAGACGUCCAGCGUCGCCAAUUAGAUUGUUUAAUGGCUUUGCUUCAAACUGAUGGAGCUCAGCUCAAGCCUGAUAUGUGGCAGCACGUGAUCUACAUAGUUGCUGCUGUUAAGUUUAGUUGUGACGAAUCGUUAGUGCGACAAGGCUAUCUUGGUCUGAGGCUUAUAGCAGCGGACUUUCUACAAUCAAUUCCCUUCGAGUGCAUUUCUGUUCUUGUCGAAGCUGUAGCACGCUAUGGCAAGCAGGCCGUUGAUCACAACAUUUCUCUCUCAGCACUGACACAGUUGGUUCUUUUAAAUGUAAAAUUCGUUCAGGUAUGGUUGGUAUUGUACACUUGUCUUUCGGAGUUGUGUGUGGAUGUGAGACCAUCAGUUCGAAAAAGUGCAUGUCAAACAUUUCUUCAAACUGUCGCUUCACAUGGCCAUGCAUUACGAAUAACGACUUGGAACCAUAUGAUUUGGCAGAUAAUCAUGCCAUUAUUGGAUCGAGUGAGGGUACAGACACGUAGUGCCUCUACAGAACGUGCGAGUGGUACUUUAUUAAUGCAUCACUCGAGAGAUACUCAACAGAAGCAGUGGACAGAGACGUGCAUUCAUACUCUGUCAGCUGCUUCGAAAAUAUUCAUCACUCAACGAAAGGCUCUUCUCGCUCUAGAAGAUUUCGGAUCAGCAUGGGAAGCGUUGCUGACAUAUCUGGAGUGGGCCGCCUGUUACCAAAACGCUGAGCUUUCGCUAUCUGCCAUUAAAAGUUUCCAAGAGGUUUUACUUGGAAAAGUGUCUAUGCAAACUUUAGACAUUAACAUUCGAGAAAGAGCGAGCAGCAUGGACAAUUCUUGUGAUGAAGUGAUUCCUUACCUCCCUUUACCUCAGUGGAUGGAAGCUUGGAAUGUCAGUGAAAGCUUUUAUUUCCAAUUUUAUGUUUAUGUUCAUCUUCGUCAUGCAAAUUCAUUGACCGUUUAUUGUGAACUAUUUAUAGGCACUUUAAGUGAAAAACCCUACAUUCCCGGUCCAUCUCAUAUUACCACACUCCUUCACAUUUUUCCACCGCUCUUCGGUUAUGUUGCGCACCAUAUUGAUAUUGAUGACUUGAAAGCCGAGCACCUACCAUCCGUGCUUGAGAGUUUGGUGAACGUUCCUAUACCAUCAGAACAAGUGCCAUUUAUAAUGCAGUCGUCACAAUCUCAUAUGUCGCCUACUCAGGAAGCAGUUCUCGAAGCCAUCCGUUCAAUUUAUAGUGAAUGUAUCUCAGGUGGUGGCCCCUUACGGGACGUUUUACCGGAUCAAAUCCAACAACUUCUGCGGUUUAGUGCGAUGGCUGUAAAAACUCCUAGUGCUCUUCGACCUUUCAGCACAACUGCAUCUGGCCAGAAGGAUUAUCGCGAUUGGGCACUGCAGUGGAUAAUCCCUUUUGCGGAAACAGCUCUUCGUAUGGGGAUCGAAUUUUUCUCGUUUACUGCUGCAUUUCCUGAAAUAAUUAGAUCUCUUGUUGUUGUCGACAUUGUAAAGUUUCUUGGAGAGCCAUUAUACAUGAAGUAUUCAUGCAUCUCCCCGACAACAUGGAAGCUCGCGUCUUCGUCAUUAAUGACAGUUUUGCGCAUCGCUAUUCCGCUUGCAAGACAGCAAGUUGAACAUUUUUCAUGUCUUUGGCCCGUCAUAUGCGACACAUUAGAAAAGUUUCUUUUUUCACCAAAUGUUUGCCCACGGCUAGCAGCCGACGAACGCAAACGAGACGAGUUGGCGGAGUGCCAAGUUGUAGAGUUAGUGCGGUCUGAGCUUUUACUUUAUUCAUCUUGCCUCCCAUCAUCUAUGGUUCAACGUCUGAUUUCUAUAUUGAAUCGCGGAUCAAUCAGUCAACUUGACCCAACAGACGUUUUGGACUCGCAUGCACAGCGAGUCGAGCUUGCUCGUACUUGCUUUGAUGCUUUGCUUUCAACAUCCAGCGAAGGUAAUGGUCGACUUGGAAAUGUAGCAAUUGCGAGUCUUUUACAAAGAUGUUCUGAGGUAAUGAAUGACUUCGUGAGAGAUUGGAACAGUAUAGGUGACCUUCGUUUACCUCGUGGCCGAAUAACUGAGAUUACUUCUGCACUACAAGCUGUAGAUUCGCUUAUUAGCCGUCUUGCUAGAGAACCGACUCAGUCUGAACUGUACUCACAGCUGGUAUCACUUUAUCCAAAUGUGGUAGAUGUGGUGAGUUGCACUCGUUCAGAUCCGGUGCUGGAAUCGCAACUAAUCACGACUCUCAAAUCCUACCAAACCUUAUUGCUUCUGCAAGUGGUUCCGAAACUCCCUGUGAAGGACACAUGA